AUGAAGGGGCGGCGGAGGCUCAUCACGGAGCCGCUGCUGAACUCCGUCAUCCGGAAGGAGGAGAUCCCGCGCGUGGAGUACCCCACACGGCUCGCACGCCGCCAGGCGCUGCGGUGGUGUCGCUAUAUGCUUCAGAUCGACUUCGAAGCGUAUUACGACGCUAUUCCGCUGCCGGGGACGCUCCGCAACAGCUUCGUCUUCCGCUCUGCCGCGGGCGACUACUACCGCCUGCGUACACUGCCUACCGGCGCGCGUUGGAGCGUGGCCGUCGGCCAGGCCGUCACGUGGACGAUCGUGGACGUCGACACGCCUGUUGUCAUCAUGACAAUGAUCGACAACAUCCUCAUCGCGGCGAGGACUGGCCAGGAGGUGCCGUUCGUCAGGACGGUGCGGCAGGUGGUGGACCGCAUCCGCGCGGCCAACCUGCUGACGUCUCCGGACCGGGAGGAGCUAGCGCGCAUGUCCGACGACGCGCUGCUCCACAGGGCGCAGGAGAACAACGUCUUUCUUGGGGAGGAGUACCGCUGGACCGGAACGGAGCGGGUGGUGAGAAACUCCGUCAAGACAGUGGCGAAGUUGACGUUGGCUCUGCCCGCGCGACGGUUCAGCUGCCGGUCUUUUGUGUCCCUCGUGUCCCUCAUGCUGUAUGCCAUUCACACGACACAGCAUGUCAACCCUGCCCGCGCCUUCACGCUACUGCGGGCGUAUCGCGGGGUGUACCGGAUGGUCUGCCGCGGGUUGGACUGGGACGAGGAGCUGCCCUACCUGGAUGCGGGAGUGCAUGCCAGCAUGAUGCAGCUCGGCCGGACACUCCUCCGCAACGAGUGGAGCACCAUCGCCGACGAGCGAAGCCCGACGUACCAGGACGCGGACUACGACGUCGUGUGCUACACGGACGCGUCCGUGGGCGGCUGGGGCGCGGUGGUGAAGCGCCGGCUCGCGGACGCGGUGUGGCGCACCGACCUGUACCAGCAGCGUUGGGUGCACGAGCUCGCGGGCGAGUUCCCGCCGUUCGAGGACGACACACCCGGGACACAGCAGCGGCCACCGCUGCACGUCACCCGCAACACACGCAACAGCGGGCACAGCGAGGACGACGCGUACACGGAAGAGGACGGCGGCGACAGCUUCAUGGCGCGCCACUCUGCACACGCGGAACCUCGUGCGGCGGAACUGCUCCUACGCCGCCUGGUGAUGGAAGGCCUCGCGGACGGUGCACGCGUGGCCUUGGUGACGGACCACUUCCCUAUCGUCCACGCGCAGAAGCGCCUGAACGGGUUUGGUGGGAUUGGCCGGGGGUACUCGCUGAACACGCUCUACGAGUACACCUACGACCUGUGGCGCGAGAGAAGCAUCGAUGUGGUCUUGUGCUACGUCGAGGGCGAGCGCAAUCCGGCUGACGCCUUCUCUCGGCACUUUUAG